CCGGAACUUGCCCGUUUGACGUCACUUCCGGGGUAGAACACCUGGGUUGUGUAUUUUGAAGUCUCAGACCGGAAGUUGUUGGUCCGAGCUGGCUGUGGGUUCGGCUCUGGUUUCCAGUGGUCUUUCCACGCGUGGACGCGGUUCCGUGGAGAUGGAGAUGUUCAACAAGCUGAGCGGGAUGCUGCUGGGGGCCCUGGAGGCGAGGGAACCUACGGUGGACCUGCUGGACUCCUUCGUGGAUCACUGGAGGUCCAUCACCACCUACUACAUCCAGACCACAGAUGACAGCCGCCCCGCCUCCCAGACCGACAUCCCCUGGCGUCUGCGGCAGAUGUCUGACAUCCUGGUGUACGAAGAGAAGCAGCAGGAUGUGGAGCAAACCGGGCCCUGUCUGCAGUACCUGCUGCAGCACAAACUUCUGGAGACCAUGACCACCCUGGCGAAGGCUCAGUAUCCUCCAGGGAUGACCCAGCAGGUCCUGAUCUUUGUCACCAAGCUGCUGCUUCAGAUGCAGAAGCCUCUUCUGCAGCUCGUCCCCGUCUACAGACCAGUACAGAAGCUGAUUGAAAUCUGUGCUCCUCCUGGUUCCGGUGCUGAGAAGGAGGAGGUCCGCUUCCUGUUUGCCGUCUGCAGCAGACUGAACCAGGAUCCACAUGUUCUCCAAAACGUUCUGCAGCUCCCAGACCAGCAGCUGUCCUCCAGUCAGAGCUCUGAUGCAGCCAGCAGCCAAUCAGAGCCCUCUGCAUCAAGCCCCGCCCACUCCCAGCAGGGUCUGCUGUGGGUUCUGGUGCAGCUCAGCAGGAGUCCUCGGCCCCCGGUGCGUCUGAAGGCCUGUGAGGGCCUCCUGCUGCUGUCGGCCCUCCUGGAUGGAUCCUCAGAGGAGCUGCUUCCUGCUGGGGCCCAGCUGGGAGAGCUGCUGGCUGGGAGGCUGCAGGAGCUCUACUGCCUGCUGCCCCUGGAGCAGCUGGAGGCAGAGGAGCUGAGGAGCUGGCCCCGCCCCUCAUGGAGGUCAGAGUCCCAACCGGAUCACCUGACCUCUUUCCUCUCCUGGUUCCACUUCCUGGAUCAGCUGACCACAGACGCUCCCCAGGUUCUGUCUGUCCAGGUGUCCCAAUGUGUCCGUGGCCUGUGGCUCAUGGAGACUCUUCUUCCUCAGCUGCUGCACACGUGUGAGCAGAACAUCCUGGUGUCCACCUCUGUCCUCUGCCAUGUUGUCAGAAUGGUCCAGUCCCCGUCUCUGCUGGAGCAGCUCCUCCACUUCCUGUUGAGGACGCCGUCCCUGAUGGAGCAGCUGCUGCGUCGCUGCGACCACGUCUCUGAGCAGAUCAGCAUGACGUCUCUGUCUUUGGUGGAAGAGCUGCUACAGAAGCCUCACAGGGACAUUCUGGACCACCUGGUGCUGAGCUUCCUGCAAAGCCGCAGUUACCUGUCGUCACCUGUAGGGGGCCCAGAGGAGCGGCAGCCUGACAGCGGCGAGGAGGGCGAGGACCCCCAGGACCUGGACGACGACCCCUUCUUCUCAGACGGCUUCCCUGACGACCACCUUCCUCCUCCUCUUCAUCAGCCUGCUGCUCCAGGAUCGGCUGCAGACGUCGUAAACAGUUUCCUGUGUCUGGUUCCGGUCCAGGUGCGAUCCGCCCACCUGCUGCAGGAAGGAGGCUAUGAGUCCUACGUGCUGGAUGCUCGCUCCUUGGUGGCCCAGUGCCGGUCUCUCUCUCUCUCCUGGGACUGGCCAAAAACUCUACCCCCUCCUACCUGCUCUCCAGGUAAAGAAGGGGACUUCUUCGAAGGUCACCUGCUGAAGGUUCUGUUUGAACGUCUGGGACGCAUCUUACAACAGCCAUACGAGUUGAACCUCCAGCUGACUGCCAUCUUGUCCCGUCUCUCCUCCUUUGACCACCCUCUGUUGGACGAAUACCUGCUGGACCCGUACGUCCCCCUGUCCCCAAGCAGCAAAUCGCUGUUCUCUGUCCUGGUCAGGGUGAUGGGGGAGCUGGUGCAGAGGACCCAGCAGGUCUCCAACAUCUCAGAGCGUCUGAUGGACACCAGGAGACACCUACUGGGCCUGAACCAAAACCCCAGCCUAGAACACCUGACGCUGCUCCAGGGGAUCAUCGUUCUGGAGGAGUUCUGCAAGGAGCUGGCCGCCAUCGCCUUCAUCAAGAUGCCUCUGGACCGGAACCAGCAGAACCUCAGCACAGAGGACGAGUCUGCACCCGGAUCCACCGGACUGCUGGAGCAGAACCGACCCGUCCGGACCGGAACAGACUGAGCAUCUGGACCAGAAAUGACCCAUCCGCACUGGAACCGGACCGGGAGAAACUGAGCACCUGGACCGGAACCGACUGAGCGUCUGGACCAAGACCGACCCGUCCGGACCAGAACCGACCCAUCCGGACUGGAACAGACUGAAGUUCUGGACCAGAACCAACCCAUCCGGACUGGAACUGACCCAUCCAGACCGGUAAAAACUGAGCAUCUGGACCAGGACCGACCCGUCCGGACUGGAACCAACCCAUCCGAACUGGAAUAGACUGAGCAUCUGGACUUGACCCGCCUAAAUCGGUGAUGAUGAUUAGACCUGCUGGGAAGUCCCGCCCACUCCAACCAGAGCCAGUCACUGAACACUCAAAGUGCUUCCAGAAGCUGAUGUGUGGUCCUGAUCCGGGGUGCUACAGCACAGAACCGCUCAGAACCAGCAGGUUCCUCUGAUCCUUUGAAGCUUCACUGAGUGCCUUUGAUAUGUUUUUCUGCCAAAGAUCAAAGAACAGAGGGAAGCUGCUGAUUGGCUGCUGCUCCAUCAGGUCCUACUCCUGACUGGAUCCGAAUCAGCAGAACGGUUCUGACUGCUGGUUCUGGUCCAGCUGAAAUGCUCUGUAUUAAUAUCAGAGGUUCCAUUAUUUUAUCCUGAGAGGAUUAAUAGUUUCCUCUAAUCCAGUCAAACAGCUUCUAGAGUGAAUCUGCCAACUUGUGAUCUCAGGCCUGGAUGGAGAGAUGCUGAGUUUGGAGGUAGAGAACAAACCAAUGUUGAUGAUCCUCAUUAUCCUCUAUUACAAACAUCCACAACCAGAAGAAAAGCUUUGGGGGGAAACGGGUGAUUGAUGCUGAUGGAGAGUUGGAAUGAUGUCACAUUCAAUUAAGCCUUCAUUACCGCAGCUUUUUAUCCUAUCUAUCAAUAAUAAUAAUAAUAAUAAUAAUAAUAAAGCGCAGCUCUCCUCCAGCUCAGAGGAAGUCAGAGCGGAGCAGGAUGGGAGGAACAGAGGAGGAUGAAGGCGCUGCUUUGACCAGGAGGUCUGGGGGCGGGGCAAAUAUGGAGGAUGAGGGAAGUUGGGGUCAGUCAUCCCAUGUGGAGUACUUUCUUGUGAUUGGCUCAUAUAAAGGAGCUCUGUGUUUGGUUGCAAAGCAUCCCCUGUUUAAUAAAAUGCAUGAAUGUAUCGAGGCACGUCAGGAGAGUCUGAAAAUCCACACAGAAAUGCAGUGAAGUUUAAAGAAGUUAAUUUAUAAUUGUCUAUGGAGCAGAAAUACUUCUGUGGAUCCUGUGCUGUCUGAGUGGAUCUUUAAAGUGUAUUUGUGAAAACUAAGACUGAUGUAGCUCCAUAGCUGAGCAGCAGGGGGAGCUGUAGCAGGCUUCCUGUCCUGAGCUGUCACUGUCAUGUCGAUGCCAGGAUCCCACGGUGAUCUCAGCGCGCUGCUGGACGGACCGAAGAUCGGAGCAAACCAGCUUCUAACAUCCAGAAAGAAACUCAAUCCAUGGGAAAAGGAUCCAGUUAGAUCCUCUUACUGGACGAGUUCCUGGAUCCAGAUUCUAGGUUCUGUUUGUCUCUGUUCUCCCAGCUCCUCAUCAUCAUCACAGCAGCUCAUCACUGACCCGGUUCUACUGCGGCAGCCGGGAUUUAAACCCGCUUCCCUGCAUUACAGUCAAACAGCAGAACGUGUUCCCCACCAGGACAGCAUGUCUGUGAAUAAAGAUAACU